AUGUCUUCAGACGCUGAAAUGGCAGCAUUUGGGGAAGCUGCCUCUUUUCUUCGAAAGUCAGAAAAGGAAAGAAUUGAGGCCCAAAAUAAGCCCUUUGAUGCCAAGAACUCAGUUUUUGUGGUGGAUCCUAAGAUCGCUUACAUAAAAGGCAGUAUCCAGAGUAGGGAAGCAGGGAAAGUUACUGUCAAAACUGAAGAAGGAGAAACUGUAACUGUGAAAGAUGAUCAAGUCUUUUCCAGGAAUCCUCCCAAAUAUGACAAAAUUGAGGACAUGGCCAUGAUGACUCAUCUCCAUGAACCUGCUGUCCUGUAUAAUCUCAAAGAGCGUUAUGCAGCCUGGAUGAUCUAUACUUACUCAGGUCUCUUCUGUGUCACUGUUAAUCCCUACAAGUGGCUUCCAGUGUAUAAUCCAGAAGUGGUAAAUGCCUACAGAGGCAAAAAGCGUCAAGAGGCCCCUCCUCACAUCUUCUCCAUUUCUGAUAAUGCAUAUCAGUCCAUGUUAACUGAUCGUGAGAAUCAGUCUGUCCUGAUCACUGGAGAAUCUGGUGCUGGAAAGACUGUGAACACAAAACGUGUAAUUCAGUACUUUGCAACAGUUGCAGCUGCUACUGACAAGAAAAAGGAAGAACCGGCCCAACAAGGCAAAAUGCAGGGCACCCUUGAAGAUCAAAUCAUCAGUGCCAAUCCCUUACUGGAGGCCUUUGGAAAUGCUAAAACUGUCAGGAAUGACAAUUCGUCACGUUUUGGAAAAUUUAUUAGAAUCCAUUUUGGUGCCACAGGCAAGCUGGCUUCUGCUGACAUUGAGACAUAUUUGCUGGAGAAGUCCAGAGUUACCUUCCAGCUCAAGGCUGAAAGGAGCUACCACAUCUUUUAUCAGAUCAUGUCCAACCAGAAGCCAGAACUGAUUGAGUUGCUCCUGAUCUCUACGAACCCAUAUGACUUUACGUUUGUAAGCCAAGGAGAAAUCACAGUUGCCAGCAUAAAUGAUCAAGAGGAGCUGAUGGCCACAGAUAGUGCCAUUGACAUCCUGGGCUUCAAUGCUGAAGAAAAGACAGCAAUUUACAAGCUGACGGGAGCCGUCAUGCACUAUGGGAACAUGAAGUUCAAGCAGAAGCAGCGAGAGGAACAGGCUGAGCCAGACGGCACGGAAGUUGCGGACAAGGCUGCCUAUCUCAUGAACCUCAACUCAGCAGAUUUGUUGAAAGCUCUGUGCUACCCCCGAGUCAAAGUUGGCAAUGAAUUUGUCACCAAAGGUCAAACUGUUCAGCAGGUGUACAAUAGUGUUGGUGCUUUGGCUAAGUCUGUUUUUGAGAAGAUGUUUCUAUGGAUGGUUAUUCGUAUCAACCAGCAGUUGGACACCAAACAAUCUAGACAGCACUUCAUAGGAGUGUUGGACAUUGCUGGAUUUGAGAUCUUUGAUUAUAAUAGCUUGGAGCAGCUUUGCAUCAACUUCACCAAUGAGAAACUGCAACAAUUUUUCAACCAUCACAUGUUUGUCCUGGAGCAAGAAGAGUACAAGAAAGAAGGAAUUGACUGGGAGUUCAUUGACUUUGGGAUGGAUCUGGCUGCCUGCAUUGAACUCAUUGAGAAGCCCAUGGGCAUUUUCUCCAUCCUAGAAGAAGAAUGCAUGUUCCCUAAGGCAACAGACACCUCUUUCAAGAACAAGCUCUAUGACCAGCACCUUGGCAAAUGCAAGAACUUUGAAAAGCCUAAGCCUGGGAAAGGUAAAGCAGAAGCUCAUUUCUCCCUUGUGCACUAUGCUGGCACUGUGGACUACAACAUUACCGGCUGGCUGGAAAAAAACAAGGACCCAUUGAAUGAAAGUGUCAUUCAGCUGUACCAGAAAUCAUCCAUGAAGACCUUGGCAUUACUCUUUGCUGAUCGCCCUGCAGAUGUUGAUGGUGGUGGCAAGAAAGCUGGAAAGAAGAAGGGGUCUUCCUUCCAGACCGUAUCUGCUCUGUUUAGGGAGAAUUUAAACAAGCUGAUGAGUAAUCUGAGGAGCACUCACCCUCACUUUGUGCGGUGCCUCAUCCCCAAUGAAACUAAAACUCCUGGUGCCAUGGAACACGAGCUUGUCUUGCACCAACUGAGAUGUAAUGGUGUGCUGGAGGGCAUCCGCAUUUGCAGAAAGGGAUUUCCUAGCAGGAUCAUUUAUGGUGACUUCAAACAGAGAUAUAGAAUAUUAAAUGCAAGUGCUAUCCCAGAGGGACAAUUCAUGGACAGCAAGAAGGCUUCUGAGAAACUUCUUGGAUCUAUUGAUGUGGACCAUACUCAAUAUAGGUUUGGUCAUACCAAGGUGUUCUUCAAAGCUGGCCUUCUUGGUCUUCUAGAAGAAAUGAGAGAUGAUAAGUUGGCUAUGCUUAUUACACGUACCCAAGCUAUGUGCCGUGGCUUUCUAAUGAGAUCAGAGUUCAAGAAAAUGAUGGAAAGGAGAGAAUCCAUCUUCACUAUUCAGUACAAUGUUCGUUCAUUCAUGAACGUAAAGCACUGGCCUUGGAUGAAAUUGUACUUCAAGAUCAAACCCCUGCUGAAGAGUGCAGAGUCAGAGAAGGAAAUGGCCAACAUGAAGGAAGAGUUUGAGAAAACAAAGGAGGAUCUUGUAAAAUCGGAAGCCAAACGGAAGGAAUUGGAAGAAAAAAUGGUGUCCCUGAUGCAGGAGAAAAAUGACUUGCAGCUCCAAGUCCAAUCUGAAUCUGAUGGCUUGGCAGAUGCCGAGGAGAGAUGUGACCAGCUAAUCAAAACCAAAAUCCAACUGGAAGCUAAAAUUAAGGAGCUGACUGAGCGAGCUGAAGAUGAAGAAGAAAUGAAUGCUGAAUUGACAUCCAAGAAGAGGAAACUGGAGGACGAAUGCUCAGAACUGAAGAAAGACAUUGAUGAUCUUGAGCUGACACUGGCCAAGGUUGAAAAGGAGUCAACUCUUGAGAAAUUAUCCCGGUCCUUGGAAGAUCAGCUGAGUGAAAUUAAAGCAAAGGCAGAAGAGCAGCAGCGUUCAAUUAAUGACCUUUCUGCCCAGAAAGCUCGCUUGCAGACAGAAGCAGGUGAACUUUCUCGCCAAGUGGAGGAAAAAGACUCUCUGAUUUCCCAAUUCUCAAGAGGCAAACAAGGCUUCACCCAGCAGAUUGAAGAAUUGAAGAGGCACCUUGAAGAGGAAAUAAAGGCUAAAAAUGCACUGGCUCAUGGCUUGCAAUCAGCUCGUCACGAUUGUGAUUUACUUCGGGAACAAUUUGAGGAAGAGCAGGAAGCCAAAGCUGAGCUACAGCGUGCCAUGUCCAAAGCCAACAGCGAGGUUGCCCAAUGGAGAACCAAAUAUGAGACUGAUGCAAUUCAGCGCACUGAAGAGUUAGAGGAGGCCAAGAAAAAGCUUGCUCAGCGUCUGCAGGAAGCUGAGGAACAUGUAGAAGCUGUGAAUUCCAAAUGUGCUUCCUUGGAGAAGACCAAGCAGAGGUUGCUGAAUGAAUUGGAGGACCUGAUGAUUGAUGUGGAAAGGUCCAAUGCAGCUUGUGCAGCUCUUGAUAAGAAGCAGAAGAAUUUUGAUAAGAUUCUGGCAGACUGGAAACAGAAAUAUGAGGAAGCUCAAUCUGAACUGGAAGCUUCCCAGAAGGAGUCUCGGUCUCUGAGCACAGAGCUCUUCAAGAUGAAGAACGCAUAUGAGGAAUCCUUGGAUCACCUGGAAACUCUGAGGCGUGAAAACAAGAACCUUCAGCAGGAGAUAUCUGACCUAACGGAACAGAUUGCUGAGGGAGGAAAAGCCAUUCACGAACUGGAGAAAGUGAAGAAGCAGAUUGAACAGGAGAAAUGUGAACUUCAGGCCUCCCUGGAGGAGGCUGAGGCCUCUCUGGAACAUGAAGAGGGCAAACUCCUGCGCAUCCAACUUGAGCUCAACCAGGUGAAAGCUGACAUUGACAGAAGAAUUGCAGAAAAAGAUGAAGAAAUUGAUCAAAUGAAGAGGAAUCAUGUGAGGGUGAUAGAGUCCAUGCAGAGCACAUUGGAUGCUGAGAUUAGGAGCAGGAAUGAUGCCCUGAGAAUUAAGAAAAAGAUGGAGGGAGAUCUGAAUGAGAUGGAGAUCCAACUGAGCCAUGCCAACCGUCAAGGUGCUGAAGCACUAAAGAACCUCAGGAACACACAAGGAUUGCUCAAGGACACACAACUGCAUUUGGAUGAUUCUUUACGAGGCCAAGAAGAUUUGAAGGAACAAGUAUCCAUGGUUGAGCGCAGAGCAAACUUAAUGCAGGCCGAGAUUGAGGAGCUCCGGGCAGCUCUUGAACAGACAGAGAGGGCCAGAAAAGUGGCUGAACAGGAGCUUCUGGAUGCCAGUGAGCGUGUGCAGCUCCUGCACACACAAAACACCAGCCUGAUCAACACCAAGAAGAAACUGGAAACAGAUAUUACCCAAAUCCAGGGUGAAAUGGAGGACACUAUUCAGGAAGCUCGCAAUGCUGAAGAGAAAGCCAAAAAAUCCAUUACUGAUGCAGCCAUGAUGGCAGAAGAACUUAAGAAAGAACAAGACACCAGUGCCCAUCUAGAGAGAAUGAAGAAGAAUCUAGAACAGACUGUAAAAGAUCUACAGCACCGUCUUGAUGAGGCAGAACAACUGGCAAUGAGGGGAGGCAAGAAGCAGCUUCAGAAAUUAGAGCAAAGAGUACGUGAACUUGAAGCUGAAGUUGAGAAUGAGCAGAAGCGUGGUGUUGAGGCAAUUAAGGGUGUACGCAAAUAUGAGAGACGAGUGAAAGAACUAUCUUACCAGUCUGAGGAAGACAGGAAGAAUGUUCUGAGGCUCCAGGAUCUGGUAGACAAGCUGCAAAUGAAAGUGAAAGCAUAUAAGAGACAAUAUGAAGAAGCUGAGGAGCAAUCCAAUCUUAAUCUCAGCAAAUUCCGCAAAAUUCAGCAUGAGCUGGAAGAAGCUGAAGAAAGGGCUGAUAUUGCAGAAUCGCAAGUGAACAAACUGAGAGUGAAGACUCGAGAAGUUGGAAAACAGACACCAGGGGAAGAAUAA